AUUUUGAAUACAAAGUUGGACAAUCUGUCGUUCAUCUCCGUCCGCCAUAUUGGACAAAGAGGAUAAUACAAAAAUUUUUUUAAAGAAAGAAUAAUAAUUUUGACGUGACACAUUCACCUUUAGAAAUACUUAAAAUACUGUUACUAUCGCUUUUUUAGAGUGAUCAUUAUUUCAGGAAAUGGAAUUAUUCUGCUCAUAGUUGAUCUUCUCCGAUCCUCGCGGUGACCUCAGUUGCCUCAGUUUUCGAAGAUUACCGUUGGUAACCCGGAUUGGCAUUCCACGGUUAUGUCGCGUUUUAAAAUGGUCACACGCGUAACGCGAUAGAUAAUAUUCCAUUUUCAUUUCAUGAUUUGGAUAUCAAAAUUGUAUCGGUGAUUUAGUCGUUAGGUUUCGUGGACGCGCCAUAUCCAAGACAAGACCAGAUUGCGGUUACUGUUGCGUAAAAAAAAAUUGUGAAGCAAGCUCGUACAUAACCUCUCGCUGUGUCGCAGAAAACUGUUUUUUUUAAAUGCUUUUUAGAGUAGGUAUAAUUUGGACAACGCGUUUGAAACAUGAAGAAAUUAGAAGAAACGAGUUGCGAGGUUCGCAGAUCGAUAGAACUCCAGAUUGCAAAUUGGAAUGGCUUAAACAACAUAGAUGAGGAAGAAACAGAGUCACCCGUAAGAUCCGUGCUAGGCAAGGGUCCCUUUAGCACUCUUGGUGGACUUUUCCAUAAUGCAGCUUAUGCGUGGCUUAGUCGCGGUGCUCACUUUGUUGUGAUAAAUGCGAGAAGUGGAAAGACGAUCGCUUCGAGGACUUUUCGGCAUAAAGUCACUUGUGUCUCUGCGUUUCCGGCACAGCCUGGUCAAGUUCCGCUACUUUUAGUAGAACUGGAUAAUAGAGCAAGUAGAAUUAAAGAUUCCCUCGGAUUAGUAUGCAUAUAUGACUGCACUACUUCGCGUGUACUCAGAGCUAUUCGAAUGCCAGCUGGUGUGGAGCAAGUCUGUGUUAUACAUGGUGGUGCCGAAUGGGAAGAGUUGAGCGAUAAUAGAUCAAGUAAUAUCUUAAUUUCUGAUAACGGUACAGCUUGUGUCACUCUAAAGAGCCUUCGUCAUAUAAUAAUCGACCUACGGCGUACAUUAUGGGAAGGAGAAAGUUGCCAAGUACCAAUAGAUGAAUCGUCUCCAACAGAGAUUGAGUUUUUGAAACAAUCAUCUACUCCCAGACAUCAUUUCAAUAAAGACAAACAUGCUGCCUGUGACCUACUAACUGAUUAUAUCGAACGAUCCCUAAAAUUCAACCGAGCUGAGUACGAGUCGAUGCCUCUCUACGAUGAGAACUUAACUACUGCACUUGUAAGUUCAAAAAAAAUCGGCUGCCUAAUAGCUGGAUGUAUGGGUAGGGUAAUGAUUUGGCAAAAUGAUGGCUCGCUUGGUUGGAUAAGUCCAUCGGUUGACAGAAGUAUGAAUAUCAGCCACUUGGCCCUUUUGGAGCCUACGGACGAUCCAAAACCAUUUUACUACUUGUGGGUAGCAUAUCAAGACGAAUCAGGGGAUGCGUCCCCGAUGUUAAAAAUGUAUGCUAUGCUAUUCGAAAAAAAAUACCAUAACAAGGGAACAAAUUUAUACUUCAAUCUAGAAGCUGCCCCGAGUUUGAAAUUUGAGUUUAAAUUAGAGAAAGGAGAGAGAAUAAUAGGUUUAAGUCCUGUCGAGAGAAACUUAAACCAAGAGCAAACAGACUCGACCAACAAGCAGGGAGAAGACAACUUGUUGUUAAUUGGGACCGACAAUAGGACUCUUCUAUUUGACUUGAAUCAAUGGUAUAAGGAGCAAAUGCCACACACCAUCGGCGAGUGCCAAAACCCCAACAGCAUCCUAGCCAGCUACAACACCAGAGGAGAAUCAGAAGCGAUAGGAGAAGAUACGAUUCUAAGUUGUGCCUACAUUUCGUCGACUUUGAAGGAUUUCAAAAGCAAUGGAUUAACUACACCGGAAGAAUUGUUCUACCCAAAUUCCUUAACUUUGGAGUGGGUGGAGCUGUGCUCCAGUCGACUGAAUUUUUGGAUGACUCAAGGACUCCAACUUGACCUCCUCAGAGACAUAUAUCGCGCUGGUCCCGUAAUCUUAAUCCAGCCAUCAGAGACGUAUCAUCGAUGUCUGGCUGUAGGACUUAUUCCUUUCAACACUGAUUGCUCUUUCGACUGUGAUCAAAAUAUGCAACGUGACAUGUUACUAUCUCUGUGUCUGGAACAACGAUGGGCUACGUUCUUGAUAAAGUGUGCAAGGGAGUGGUCCGACGGUAGUGCCUCUUAUUUGUUUCCAGCAUUUCUCAAGUGGGGAGUCCAAAGGGCUUCUACGAUAAAGUUGGCAGCGGAUAGAUUAUGCGUACCAUUGUUCGAUCAGUCCGGCAAUAGCAUUGGCGAGGCCGAGGCAAAAAUUCUGCGCUUUUACUGUCAACAACUGGAGUGUCUAAUGAACGUCGUGGCUAUGGUACCAGCAGAAUCCAGUGAUCUUACGAAGCAAUUCAGAACACUCAAACGAAUCGCCACUCAUCUCCAGAUAGUUUUGUGGUUCUAUCAUGUAGGAUUACUGCCAGAGACCCAUGAUAUGGAGGAUGAGACAUUACCGAUGUCUCUCAGCCUGAAGAUUCCCUAUCCGCGUGAGAAAAUAGCAGCUAUGUACAAGGAAAAGCGAAGACCGAUGAACCAGGAACUCAGGAAUAACAGUAGUGAAGUGUCGGAUUUGUUCAUCGAUGAGUUGAUCACUAGAGAGUGUUCGCCAUUAAAAGCUCAGUGGGAGCGAGAGAGUGGUGAUUUGAAUACCGGUGGCAACUAUCCUCCACCUUCGUUGCAAUCAUUGUUAAGAAGUUUCCUUGCCGAUUGCCAUCGGUCUGACAUCGAUGAGACGGAGAGUAAGCAUCAGAUUACGAUUUACCUGUUGAUGGAUCUAGCGACACUUCUCCAAGGUUCUUAUCCUGGAGUCGACAGGCUUAUAAAGUAUCCCUCGGCAUUCAAGUUGAGUCCGAGUUUGAUAAGACUUACUCAGCUCGAUCAUGAAGAUUACGAAGGGAAUCUAGAGAUUUUGACGGAUCAACUGAUUUCCGAUUCAGAUUUCAAGGACUGGCAUCAUCAGCUGGUGAUAAGGACCUUGAUAAAGAACAACAAACAUAAAUUGGCUCUCACGUAUCUGCGAGUCAGAAAUCCACCUCUUCUAUCUCUCGAUGAUCAAGGCACCGUAAUCAGUCUAUCGGUGGAGUAUGGAUUGGUCCAAUCAGCCUUUCAUCGGAGGCCACCGUCACAUUACGCCGAGUUGCUUUCUCGGUUCUUCCUGGCAUGCAAGACUCACGGAAAACUUCACGACAUACUUCAUUUGACGUUAGACCCCGAAGAAGAGGAAGCCUUUGUGAGGUUUUUGGAGGAAAACAAGUGCGACGAGUUACGUCUUCUCUAUUAUCUGCAAAGAUGCGAGUUCGCUAAAGCAAGCAGUAUGCAAAUUCCGAUUCUUAGAAAGAAAGAGCCUCAAUCUGUGACUGCAACUAUAUUAGGAGCGUACAGUGCCACUAUGCCUACAGUCGCAAAACAAUUCUCAGCCAAUGUAGGCAAGAGUUUGGAUGUCAGCACAGAGUCAAGAUAUCCAAGACCGAUGUCUCACCGAAAGAGUUGUCCCAGAACAAAGGACAUCUAUGAGAGUGCGAUGAAGAAAGUUAGGGAAACUUAUGUGCGUGGAGAAAGGGCAAGAAUACCUUUCGUGAGUGCUCCGUGUUUAUCAUUGAAAACCAAUUUAAAUAACAUUGCCAGCAGUUGCGUGGUAUUCCCAGAGUUGGUGCAAAAAGGGCGAGGGAAGCAUACUUUGGAUCGAAGAGAUGAAGAAACGUCGCCUGAGAGCAGGAAGAGGAGAAGAAUCUCCAACGAAGGAAACUCAUCGGGUAGCCAAAGAGAUUCAGGCAUGAAUAUUGCUUCGGAGACACCGUUGGUGUUGAAGAGAAGCCAGACCUUGAAAGAUACGGAGGUUCCUCAAUCCAUAUUGAAGAUUCGACAGCUACUUAGAAAUUCUACCUCACCGUGUACUUUUAGUAACGAAAAGAACUUAUGGGAACGGCUGACAGAUGAGCCAAGAGAGAAGGAGAAGAAACCCCCAAGACAGAUUCGUUUCAGCGUUGGACAGCCCAAUGAUGAUUCCGAUUUGUCUAUUAGUGAAGUUAACGGUGUUCCUGCGGAGAGUGUUGUAGAUAAGGUUAACGUGUCCCAGGAAAGCACCGAAACGUAUUUCAGUUCGAACAUCAGUGAGAAGUCUUUCAACGAAAGUGUGCUAUUAAACGAUAGCAGCAUCGGCAGUAGAAAUAUUUCUGGACCUAGACCGAGGCCAGGAUUGAAAAGAAGCAGUCAAAGGUCCUCGAGGGACACAUCCCUGGAACCGAAUAUUGCUUCACCCAUUACAUCAGGUAGUACUGCUUCUAGGAAAAUUUCUUCAACCUCUGUAUUGCCGAUGGAUACAUCCAGCAACUCUUCUGCGGGCUUCUUUAAUUGUGAUAAAGCUGGCACACCUGCAUUGAAAACUCCUAAGCCUCGAAAUUCGUUACUAAACUCCACGAUGUACGCAUCAACGAUAUUAUCUUCGGGAAGUAGCUUCGACCAUUCUGGGAUUCCUGAUAACGGUGGUAAUAAAAAUAAGUCUAUCCAAGGAAGGAUUGACGGGUCUCCUUUGAGGAGGAACGAUGAAUCGCUGGAGGAUAAGCUGUCUAAAAGUACAGACUCUUCAAGGAAAAUGAUGGUCAUUGAAACCAGAACAUCGAUUUCAACGCGCACGAGUACCUUGACAAUGGUCACAGUUUCUGAAAACUGUCUUGAAGCUAAUGGAAGUGAAAGUGUCACCGACAUGGGCAAACUCGGUGUGGAAAAAGAUACUGACUCUACACCGUUCUUUGAGCAUACAAAGAAUCAUUUAACAAGACAGUCUACGAGGAGUGAAAGUGUAAAUGAAACAUCGCAGGCUUUGGAAAGAGGAGAAACUUCAAACGGUAGAGAUGAACUUACUAGAUACCGUGCAGGUUAUGUAGAACUCGAUUCAAGAGUAAUCGAUAAUGACACAAGACAGCAGGAAAAUAAAGAAAGUACCAAAGAGGAUGAAGAAGCCGUACAACGAGAUCAUGAGAAAUUGAGAGAAGAGAAUGAAGAACUCGCGAAGUAUAAAAUCAAAUGUGGGAAAGAUGACUGGAGCGAUAGGUUAUCUCGGGCCAGUAGCUCCGAGGAAGACGACAUGCCAGCUUUGAUAGACAACGAAGAAAGCGACAACGAAGGUUUUCAUAGCUUAUCUAAUUCCAUUGAAACGAGCACUCAACACGGUAAGUCUUCGCAUGAAAAGUCUACUUCGGAUGACAUAACAUCUUCCUGUUCUGUGCAUCACAACGGAGCAUCCAAAACUUCCGGUUUCUUGGCUCGUGACUUGAACAUCACCGAUGACGAGUCCUCCAAGGACGACGACUACCAGCCGAUCGCGGAUCAACAGAGUGAAAAAGAGUUAGAAGAGUUAGUAGAACACGAGGAAGAAUCUGUCUCUACGUCCAUGCCAACUGAAGGUGUGUACGAUAACCUAGAUUUCACAGAAGACGAAUCAGAUGUUAGCGAAGAAGCUAAAGAGAGUAUCGAUGAAGCUGCAGAAAUUCAGAAUGCAAGAGAGCUUAACCUUGAAGUACGCGAAAUCACAAAUAGAAAGUCCCUUAAUACUUCUCAACGGAACAAGAAUACUUCUUUGACAACAAAAGUACUCAAUAUCCAGAAAGAAGAGAAUCAACAUAGCGAUGUGACAGAUGACUUAGAAUACACUAGUGUGGAGUCUUCGCCAUUGUUGCAUGUUACGGAUGAGUUAGAAAAUUCAGCGAGACGUCAAAAAAGGAAUAAAGAGGAGUCUCCAAUUUCUAAAGUGGAUCCUCAAAGUGACAGGGAAUCAACGGUGUCAAGAUUAUCAACAAAGGCCAAGCCUUCGACGGAGGAAUCUAGCAGUAAAGACUCGACUCCGGUAAAACGUAUUCCUACGAAAGAUAUCGAUGCACCUCAGCUAGAAAAAGAGACUCCGGGAAGAGUGACCAGGUCUCAAAGAGCUUCCUCUUUGAUCAAGGAAGCAGCGUCUUCGUCAAAGGUGAGUUCAGAGACAGAGAAGAUAGGGAGAUUCCGAAGGGGUAGUUCUCUGGUGAAAGAAGUUCUGGUUUCUUCGACGAAGGUUCUAGAAAAAGCAGUCCACCCUACCGAGUCCUCGGAGUUGGACAGCUCCUUGAACAUUGUGAAAAAAGGAAGAUCAAGAUCAUCCUCGCAAGCAAAAGAAACCCUAACCUCUUCGCUAAAAGUGACAAAGGAGCAAGUGUACGAAAACGAAUCCAAAGAGUCCAGCAGAAAAACUAAACAUUCUACCCUGAUACCAGAACAAGUGACUUUGGAGCCAAGAAUCGUUUUAACUAAAUCCAAAGUGUCUCCCAGAACAGAGAAACCAAAUGAAGAGAAACCAACAACACCAGCGAAAAAAGUAGGAAAGCCUCGAAGAGGUUCCUCGUCUAAAGAUGCAGAUGUCAACCUGCCAUCGAGAGCAACCAGGUCUUCUUCCGUAUCAUCGGAUAUCAAUGAUAAUCCUGACGCAAGCUUACCUUCAAGAGCUACUGGGUCUUCUUCGGUCACCUCGGAUGUCAGUGAAAAAUCUGUACAGAAAACAUCAAGAAAGAGGGGCAGCUCGGUGCCCAAAGAUACCGUAACAGAGACUAAAAUCACAAGAAGUAGUUCAUCGAAGGAAGUUAUUCCUGAAGAGACUCGUCGAGCCACAAGGUCUAACAGCAUAACAAAGGAAACCAUCCCCGAAGAGAUUCCCAGAAUCACCAGGUCCAGCAGCUUAGCGAAAGAGAUCAUCGCAGAAGAGCCACGAUCUCCAGUGCCCACCAGGAGAAGUAAACCUCAGCUCUUGGAAAGUCUGACCAGUAGCCCCGCAGCGAACACCAGGAGUCGACGUUCCUCCAUACAGUCGAUACCCGAGGAACUUGAGGAAAUUCUAAGUCCUGCCAAGGGGAGGCCUUCGAAGGCUACCACGGAGAAGGAAAAGAGCUCCAUAGCCAGAGAGCGAAGAGCUGCCAGCGAAGAACCUGUCAAACUGCCAUCGAAGCGAAAGACCACUCGGAUAGGAAAGCUUCCUAGAAGACUAACGGAGGAGGUUAUCGUAGAGGAGCCAUCUAAGGAAAUGGAAGAUGAAUCAAAGAAGGAGGAGAAGGAAGAUGAAAGUGUCAAGAAGCCUGUCAAGAGACAGCUCGAGAGGAGGAAGAGAACGACGUCUGGAGUAAGUGUCGACGAAGAGGAGUUGGCAGUGGGCAAGCCAACGAGUGGACGGAAGGCAUCUCAAAAGAGUGACGAUUCCGAAGUGCGAGUUCCCCUAACCUCUGACCAGACUAGAGAUUCACCAGACGAAGAGACCUUAUCGAGACCUAAAAGAGGGAGGAAAACCUCUCAGAAAAGUGUCGAGGAGGAGAAAGUGUUCUCCUUCUCGCCUCCUAGUGAACCGUCAGGGUAUCCUAGAGAUCAGAGAGGGACGGAUCGAAUACCAGAAUAUGUUUUCUCACCACCACACACAAGAUCGAAGUCACUUACACCAAAGCAGCCUCGAAAAAUAUGAACUUUAUCUCUCCGUUGUCGAAAGAAGAGAUGGAGAUGGAGCCAGAGUUGCCGAGAAAGAAGAAAUCCUCGAACCGAAGGGAAACUAGGAUCUUUCAGUCUCGCACAAAAUUUACAAUAAUAAAGCGGUAAU